UCUCAUUGGCCCAAAGCAUGGUCGUUCGUCUCUUGAUCUGAAGAAAAGGACAUGUAAGAGCACCUCCUGUCUGUUUCAUAUCUAUUGUAGCGGUUUCCUAGGGGGCUGCUGUCCUGGGCAGUUUCGCUUUUACUUAAAAGGACAAGACUUAACAACUGUCUUUACAUGAAGAUGAAUUGACUAAAAAUAACCCCUUAGGAAAGCUUCCCUGAUCUAAUCGGAUCUUGAAAAGGGGAAAAAAUCCCAGCUGCGUCGUUGCUAGAUCUCUGGAACCAUGUCUCCCUUCAGAAGCAUUUACCAGCAGGACACUACCAGGCAGCUGGUGGUCGGUGCAGCCCUGCUGGUCCUGACUGCUUUCUACUCGCCAGUCUUUGUUCUGUCGCUGGCUCCUGUUUAUGGGUCAACGCCGUCCCAUAUCUUCCAUGGCUAUGGCGUCGCUAUUGCGGGUGCAGCUGGCUGGUUCGCAAAGGACCAUAUUCAUCGCCUGUCUGGCCGUCGAGCUGUAUAUCUGCUUCCUGUAAUUGCUUUCUGGAUUCCCUCUUUCCAGUCCUUCUUACUUCACCAGAGCUCCUCAUUUGGGAACCCAGUCGGCCCUGUUAUUACGGAAGUACUUGCGUUGUACCCCCUGGUACUGCUCUCCGUCGCCUGCGCUGGCAAGCUGGUACAAUCAGGUCUGGAUCUGAGCAGGCACGGUGAGAUUGCAGCAGAGCAUGUCCCUCUGCUGACCUCUUAUAUUGUUUACUCGGGUGGCGAGUACAUCGCCAAAGCAGUUAUCGCCAAGUGCCUAGGAACCACCUUUCUGUUCUCGCGCACCGGCCUUCAGCUCCUCAUUGCUGCUCUGUAUUCUGCCGUUAUCCCAUCCAAGAUCCUUCUCCUGGCCAUCCCGUCUAUCCUGUUCUCCUUUACCUCGAACGUGCAUCUGCCGCUUGGACGCACGACAGCUGCGCUGAACUCUGUCAUUGGCGAAGAGGGCUUCACUCUCGUGGCCCGUCAAGAUUCCAACACGGGCUACAUCUCCGUGCUGGAUAAUCUCGAUGAUGGCUUCCGGGUAAUGAGAUGUGACCAUAGCCUUCUCGGAGGACAGUGGACCAAGGGACGCCCCAACUACACUCCCCCCACCGUCAAGGAUCCUAUCUACGCCGUGUUUACCAUGCUCGAAGCUGUUCGCCUAAUUGAGCCCGAGCACGUAGAUGCAAACGCCAAAGCCCUCGUGAUCGGACUUGGAAUCGGCACAACCCCAGGCGCACUAAUCAGCCACGGCAUCGACACCACCAUCGUCGAAAUCGACCCCGUCGUGCACAAGUUCGCCGGGCAAUACUUCGGCCUCCCAUCCAACCACACCGCCGUCAUCGAAGACGCCAGAUCUUUCGUCCACCGCUCAUCCGAGUCCACUCACCCGGCACAAUACGACUACAUCGUCCAUGACGUAUUCACUGGCGGCGUCGAACCCAUUGAACUCUUCACCUACGAGUUCAUCAACAGUCUAUCUGCCCUCCUAAAAGACGACGGCAUCAUUGCCAUUAACUACGCCGGUGACCUAGCUCUCUACCCGGCCGCCCUCGCAGUCCGCACCAUCCAAGCCGUGUUCCCCUCAUGCCGCCUCUUCCGCGAGGAAGCCGCCUCCGAAGUCGGCCCCGAUUUCACAAACAUGGUAAUCUUCUGCAAGAAGACCCCCAACUCCCCGAUCCAGUUCCGGGACGCAGUCCCCGCCGAUUUCCUAGGCAGUAAGUUCCGCGCUACUUACCUUGUUCCCAAGCAUGAGAUGGAUCCCGUUCGGUUCGAGAGCAUCGAGAAAGGCGGGCGACAUGUCCUGCAUGAGAAAGAGGCCGGAAGACUUCAUAAAUACCAGGAUCGGGGAGCGUUGGAACAUUGGGCGAUUAUGAGGAAGGUGUUGCCGGAUGCGGUUUGGGAGAAUUGGUGA